AUGGCGGGGCGCCCGGUGCUGCUCCUGCUGCUGCUGCUGCUGCUGGCCGGGACCCCGCGCUCCGCCCGCGCCUGUCCCGGGACCCCCGGCCCGGCCCCGGACCGCUCGCUGCUCCGGUCCCUGCGGCGCCCCGGCCGCGCCCCCGGGGCUCCGCCGCCGCAGAGGUCGGGCUGGGGGCCCCAGGCCCGGCUCAGCGCCCGCAGCUGGGACCCCCCGGCGGCCCCGUUCUGGACCAUGGCGACCCCGCAGCGCUUCGGCCGCCGCCGCUGA